UAUUAGGAGAGUUCAUGCAUCCCUGUGAAGAUGACAUCGUUUGUAAAUGUACCACAGAGGAGAAUAAGGUGCCUUACUUCAACGCUCCUGUUUAUUUAGAAAACAAAGAACAGAUCGGGAAAGUAGAUGAGAUAUUUGGACAACUGAGAGAUUUUUAUUUUUCAGUUAAGUUGUCAGAAAACAUGAAGGCAUCUUCCUUUAAAAAGCUUCAAAAGUUUUAUAUAGAUCCAUUUAAGCUGCUACCACUGCAGAGGUUUCUGCCUCGUCCUCCUGGUGAGAAAGGACCUCCCAGAGGCGGUGGUGGCGGUGGAAGGGGAGGUCGAGGAGGAGGAAGAGGAGGUGGUGGCCGAGGUGGUGGAAGAGGUGAGACCUCACCACUUGUGUUUUUGCUUCGUGAUCUGCUUCUGCCGGGAUUGAAGUCUGUGUCUGGAGCAACCUGGAGGAUGCUGCUCUGUGUCAGUGGAGCUGAAUCGUCAGCAUUGGGUAGAAACAAGUGGGGCUGAACAGGCAAUGUUGCUCAGAAAGAGCAUGAAGAACCCUGCUUUGUACAGUACCUGGCACUCUGUGGGUGCUUAAAGAACAACGGGACUUUUCAUUUGAAGCACACUUGGCUUUUUUUAAAUAAAAUUUUUUAUUUCUUUAACUUAC